AUGUCAGCUGCGGCUAUUCUACUCAUAGGGGCCGUUGCUUUUACUGCGUUCUGGUCUGCAAAGUACAUUGCUAAAUUAUAUUCUUACGCCAAGCAGAAAGAAGGCAAAUAUUUUGUGACACAUGCUCCACCUUUACGUAUGAUUAACCCUACGUAUUUUCCAAUGGCAUGGGAAAGGCUACGCAUAACAACAACGAAACCGAAUUUGCUUGAAUACUUAGAAUGA